CGGCCUCGGAAACAUCAGCCGGCGGCCGGUGAAAGUCUCAGACGCACGCCGAGCUUCAAUCGAUGAGGACGUCGGCGCGGGCGCAGUAUUUCGCGAUCGAAUGGUGAUAAUGGUGUGAGGGAACAAACAAACAAACACGGUGCGCGUAAACAACGCGGCGUGAUAUCUCGACGUUCGGCCGAUAGUGGGCGGUGCGCUCCUGCUCUAGCUAGAUUCUCGACUAGCUCACUCGCCACUGCCAGUUGCCACUUGCAAGUCGCCAUCAUGCUGACAGCGAGCGCUUUGCUGGUGCUGACCUCGCUGGCUCUCGCGGCGCCGGACCUGAAGGCGAUAGCGCCUCUACCAGAAGUCAACAACACGCUACCCGCCGAGCAAUAUUUCAUUGAGAAGAUCUUCGAUAAAUAUGGAUAUAAAGGUGUCAUCACAUUCGAGGGUUUCGAGCACUUGUUAGACAGUCUUGGUUUGGGCGGGCGGGUGUUCACGUCACCUCAUGACCUGGCCAUACAUCGUGUAAAUGGCACCUUCCGACAGCUGCACGACACACAACAUAGACAUAAACGAUCGCCCGUCAUCGCGGACCCAAUUUUAAAGAAAUCAUGCCUGUCGCCGAAGGAAAUACUCGAAGUUUACGGCAUGGAAAACGAGCCAGGAGUCAUUACUAUCAACCCGAAGACUUUCCUCGAAAUGUGUCCCGCCCUGGUGUACCAACUCGACCAACGCUCCUGCUACAAGACUGAGGCGCCACCGCCCAAACAAGAAAGAUAUUUGACAUGGAUAUACGCAAGCUUAAGCAUCUUAGUGAUCAGCGCAACAGGACUCUUCGGAGUCGCAGUAGUACCUUUGUUAAAGUCAGCUAUAUUCAGUCACGUGUUACACUUCCUCAUCGCCGUGGCUGUGGGGACUUUAUGCGGCGAUGCUUUGCUACACUUGCUGCCUCAUGCGCUAAAGUCGCACGGGCCUUCCUCCGAACCUCAAGAAGAAACUGAAGUCAUACUCAAAUGCAGCGUCACCUUUUUGACAAUAUUGUUUUUUUAUUCGGUUGAAGCUAUCAUGCAAACGCUUAACGGUGGGCACGCGCAUUCCCAUGAUGAUCCGCAAGGGAAAGCUGUCGAAGAAGUCAAAGUGGAUUCUGGCAAACAGACGGAACCGAUCGAACUCGGAGCUAUGAUGCCUGGGUCACCUCCACCGCCGGUAGAGAGGCCCAUGACGUCUACAGCUCUCAUGGUGAUCGUCGGCGAUGGCCUGCACAACUUGACUGACGGUCUCGCGAUAGGCGCCGCCUUCAGCGGAGAUCCAGUAACAGGUUUCGCAACGGCGCUUGCCGUGUUUUGCCACGAAUUACCGCACGAAUUAGGAGAUUUCGCAGUUCUAUUGCGCUCGGGUAUGAGUAUCAGACGCGCUCUUUAUUAUAACCUAUUGUCUUCGGUGUUGAGUUUUAUGGGAAUGGCUGGAGGCAUCUGGCUGGCGGAAGACCACGAGUCGGCAUCGCAGUGGAUAUACGCGGCUACAGCGGGAACCUUCUUUUAUAUAGCCCUUGCGGACUUGGUUCCUGAAAUAAACCAAAACAAUCACGGUAAAAGUUUAAACUUAUUCUUUGCGGUGCUCGGCAUACUCACCGGUGGUAUCAUUAUGCUAUUGAUAGCUCUACACGAAGAUUCCAUACAGUAUCUAUUUAGAAGUUCGGAACAAUGAACAAAAUAACAAGUAAAGUACAUUCGAUUGUGAUAUUUCUGUUAAGGUACCUACUCAUGGUUGUUCUAUUUGUAUAUUGUUAGUUAAAAUAUAGUUAAGUCCCGAAUAUUAAUCAAUAAGUUGUCGCAUAUCUUGAUUUCAAUUGGUGACACAAAGUAAGGAAACUGGCCAUUGAAAUCCACGACUAUUCAGUUGGAAAACUUAAACAGCGAGACAGCUGUUUGGAAUGCAAUAUUUUAUCAUUGUUCCAAGCUUACUAAAACAUCUGGAAUCGAAUAGUAAUGAUUAAUAAUGAAUUAGAAUAAACGCUAAGCUUACGUUGCUUUAGAUGAGUGAAUUUUUAGAUGUGUAAACACUAUUGCAAUAAGAAAUUGCAUAAUUUAUACGACAAAUACAUUCCACGUAUUAUAUUAUUAAAUGAUAUUUAAUAAUAUUAAUAUUCCAACGAUAUUUUUAAACAUUUAUAAGAAAGUAGUUACUGUAAACGCAGUAAUAAGGUAGACGUAAGUGUCCUGGUAAUUAUUAAGAUGUAUAAUUCGCGCUAAGGAGGAAUUUGAUUGAUGAUAGAUGGAGGUAAUACUUCGUUUGGGAAUAUUUUAAUAACGAUUUAGAAGUUAUAAUAACAUCAAUGGCGCUAGUGAUGUAACUAAUAGACGUGAGUUAUCUUUCCAUUAUUUGUUUUGUUUUAAAGAAUAACUCGCAAUAAACUUCGAAUAUCAUAUUAAAAGUGUCUUAAGUCUUAAUUUUGGAUAAAGUUUUGCUAUUGAUUAAAAAAAUAUUUAAUAUCAUGGUCAAUCAUUCAUUCAUAUUUAAAAAAAAAAUUGAUAUUGCAAUGUACCACAGAUUAGAAAUAAUUUAAUACCACAGAUUUUAUUAAAUAAAUACACAUCAGAGUAAUAGAAUAGCGAAAAAGCUAAAGAUUACAAAAUUUUAAAUAAUUUAAGGUCUACAAGAUAUAAGAUUUCGCUUUACAAAGUUAACUAUUUACAUAUUUCCUACGAUUUUCAUGUAUAUAGCAUAAUUAAUUUCAGAAUUCAAAAAGCCAUCUACCUGUUAAAGUAUUUAAUUCAGUAUUUGUUCCUGUUUUAAAUGUAUUGCUAUAAAAUAGAGUACUUGGUAUUUGACCUAGUCAAUUUUGUUUUUCAUAGAUUUUCAUUUUGCGAAUUCUUUAUUGGAUCAUGUUAUUAUAUUAAAUCGCGCGUUAUUAUCUAAAAUAUUUGUUUAACUACAUUAUUUUAUUGUAAAUAUUUUAUAUUUUUUUUAUUUUCUUAUAUUUUUCUAUGUAUAAAUUGCAUGCGUGGUAAAGUUCUAAAAGUAAAAGGCGAUAAUAUUUAAGAAUUAUGAAAGGAUUUAU